CCUGCAACUUCAGUGUCUUUCGAUCGACGGCUGUUUCCAAAUUCACGAUUCAUCGUCAAUCAUCAUCGUCAUUGGCGUUGUUAAAAAUUCUCAAACUCGAUUCCGAGUCCCUAUCAUGCUGGAACCACUGAUCGUACUGACAGUAUUAAAUUGUUUCUUCAUGUUCAGCUCCACUGUCACAACUUGCGCGUUAUGGUGGCAAUAUCGAACUCAUCGGUGCUGUUUCAAGAAAGAUCCCAUGUCACAGAGCACCAGGUGGAAUCCGUCCAAGUCGAAGAAUAAUCCGUCAAAGAACAACAAUUCGUCAAAGAACAAUAAUUCGUCGAAAAACAGUAAUCCGUCGAAAAAACCUGUACACUCGAAACAGGAUAACCUUGUAAAUUCGGUCAGUCGCAGCAAAUCGAAUUCAACGAUGAACCGUGAGAAUAAGAACAGGAAGAACUCGAAGCACAAAUUGAAAUCGAAGUAUCUGUCGAGGAGCAAGACACCUAGCGACGAACGACUGUCAUCCAUGGAAAUGAUAGGAAACUGGGAGCUGGAAGAUAGAGCGAGAAUGUCAGAGGCGUCGCAGACUACGAACGACCCAAAGUCGGCGGUGGUGAUGGAAUAUUCAACGGUACAAAAGAUCGUCCAGAUUUUAGACAAUGACGCGGAUCUUAUCGCCACGAAAAUGGCCAUGAAAGAUCUUAAUGCUAAGCAAAACGUGGAAGAGAAGAAAGUACCGAUUUCGAAUCUGAUGGAAUCGCAAUUUGAUCAUCAAUCUAUAUCUGAAUACACGCCUCAAGAACAGUAUAAUUGAAUUUUGUGAAAUAAAUCUAACAGAUUUCUCAUAUAUUAUUAUCGGUUUACAUUCUGUUAUAAUCACGAGCAUAUGGAUGAUAUUUAUAAAUUAUUCGAAACAUUUCCUAUUAACUAUUUUAUAUAUUUGGAAUACAUAUUUGAUCUUAACGAGAUUUUUAUUUUUACUUCGUCGUAACGAGACAUUUUAACAAAUCCUAUCGACGCUAUAAAUCUUCUGACGGAUCUUCGCUUAUGGAUACUCGAUAUUUAUAAUUCUUCUGAACGUCGUUGAAACAGUUGUUUCCUCCGUAAGAUUUAUGGCGCAGUAGAGUUUCCGCAGAGCUCAAACAGCACUGAACAAGUCGUGACAUCUUUGCUUUCUCACUGGGCUUUUUCCAACUGCAACGUUCGCUAGAAUCGACUUCCUCGAGGCUGAUGGAAUUUGGGAAGCUGUAAUACGAUUAAUCGAUGUUUGCCAGAGGUUAAAUUAAUGUAAGAACGCGAUACUUUUACCACUUUGAGAAUAAACAGCACCAAAUGCAAGCCACGCAAAUGGUAUCGCAUACAGCGAGACCAUCAAACAUUUCGCCAGAUGUCUCAAUAUUUUCACUUCGACGAUUUUACAUUUUCGUUGACAUUUAAAGGCUUGUACGAUU